UGCCUGAAACAGCCAGAGAGAGAAAGAGAGAGAGAGAGAUAGAUAGAGAGAGAGAGAGAGAGAGAACCAGUGACACGCUUGCACAGUGUGAGGGGGGAGGAGGAAAGAGAGUGCGUGCGUGUGUGUCGUUUCGACGGAGAGAGUGAAGAGAAUGGAGGAGUGUACAAUGGACAACAGCAACUCUGCAGCUAUGCUCAACCACCACAGCCCGGAUGACAGUAUCUCGGCUGCGAGUGCGUCGGACGUCCAGGACCGGCUGUCGUCGCUGGAGCUGCGCGUGCAGCAGCAGGAGGAUGAGAUCACCGUCAUGAAGGCGGCGCUGGCCGAUGUGCUCCGCAGGCUGGCUCUGUCCGAGGACUCGGCCGCCGCCGCCAAGAAGCAGGCCGCCACCGGCAAAGGUCAGAACCCGCUGCGCGAGGCCUACUCCAUGUCCUGCAUCGCCAACGGAGGCUCCAGUGUGCGCAAGACGCACCGCGACAGCACCGCCGUCUCCGUCGCCAGGAAGGAGACGCUCUCCUCAGCAGCCAAGAGCGGUACGGAGCGGAAGCGGGACAAGCCAGCCAUGGAAGGCAUCAAGGAGAAGGAGGAGCCUCCGCAGGCUAACGAUAAAGUCCCCGCGGCCAGACCCCAAACCCCCUCCAGCCACCCCCCAUCCCCCCCCCCCCCCCCCCAAAGGCAGACGCCGGAGAGCAAGGGCCCCCCACCGGCCAAAAGAGGUAGCAGUGCUAAGCGUGGUAUGGAGCGUUCUCAGAGCAGCACAUGGGACAGUGGAGAGGACAGCAGGAACAAGCUGGUCAAGGCCGCCUCCACCUCCAAACUCCUGGCCAAGGUGGUGAAGAAUGCUGAGAAGUACCCCCCCCCUCUCUCUCUAUCUCUCUCUCUCUCCCUCUCUCUCUCUCUCUCCCUCUCAGAGGGGGAGUACAUAAAGAUGUUUAUGCGUGGGCGUCCUAUCACCAUGUUUAUCCCAUCGGAUGUGGAGAACUACGACGACGUCCGCACAGAACUUCCACCCGAAAGACUCAAACUGGAGUGGGUGUACGGCUACCGAGGGCGCGACUGCCGGGCCAACGUCUGCCUGCUGCCCACUGGCGAGAUCGUCUACUUCAUCGCCUCCGUCGUCGUCCUCUUCAACUACGAGGAGCGCACGCAGCGCCACUACCUGGGACACACGGACUGCGUCAAAUGUUUGGCAGUCCACCCAGACAAGAUCCGCAUCGCCACGGGACAGAUAGCAGGAGUGGAUAAAGAUGGGCGGCCGUUGCAGCCCCACGUGCGGGUGUGGGACUCUGUGAGCUUGUCCACGCUGCAGGUGAUUGGCCUGGGUGUGUUUGAGAGAGGAGUGGGGUCCCUCGCCUUCUCCAAAGCGGACUCUGGCACACACCUGAGUGUGAUCGAUGACUCCAAUGAGCACAUGCUGACUGUCUGGGACUGGCAGAAGAAGUCAAGGAUAGCUGAGAUUAAGACCACUAAUGAGGUGGUGCUGGCGGUGGAGUUCCAUCCCACUGAUGCCAACACCAUAGUCACCUGUGGCAAGUCUCACAUCUUCUUCUGGACCUGGAGCGGUACCUCACUGGCACGCAAGCAGGGCAUCUUUGGGAAAUACGAGAAGCCCAAGUUUGUGCAAUGCCUGGCUUUCCUGAGCAAUGGAGACAUCCUGACCGGAGACUCAGGGGGGAUCAUGCUCAUAUGGAGCCGAAGCAAUGUGGAGCCAGCCCCAGGAAAGGGCCCCAAAGGGGCGUUCCAGAUCAGUCGUCAGAUAAAGGCCCAUGAUGGCAGUGUGUUCACCCUGUGCCAGAUGAGGAAUGGCACUCUGCUCACGGGCGGCGGGAAGGACCACAAGAUCAUCCUCUGGGACCAUGACCUCAACCAAGAGAGAGAGAUAGAGGUCCCUGACCAGUAUGGAACCAUUCGUGCCGUGGCUGAAGGCAAGGGGGAGCAGUUUUUGGUGGGCACAUCCCGCAACUUCAUCCUGAGAGGGACCUUCAACGACGGCUUCCAGGUGGAAGUGCAGGGACACACAGAUGAGUUGUGGGGUCUGGCCACGCAUCCGUUCAAGGACCUCUUCCUCACCUGUGCUCAGGACAGACAGGUGUGUCUGUGGAACUCUGUGGACCACACGCUGGAAUGGACCAGGCUCCUGGAUGAGCAUGGCCACUGCGCAGACUUCCACCCCAGUGGUGCUGUAGUGGCCAUUGGCACCCACUCUGGAAAGUGGUACGCACUGGAUGCUGAGACACGGGACUUGGUGGCCAUACACACAGAUGGCAACGAACAGUUGUCUGUUAUGCGCUACUCUGUUGAUGGUGCCCUGCUGGCAGUGGGAUCACAUGAUAACUUCAUUUACCUCUACACAGUGUCGGACAAAGGCCGAAAAUACAGCCGAUAUGGGAAGUGCACGGGACAUUCCAGCUACAUCACACAUCUUGACUGGUCCCCCGACAACAAGUUUAUCAUGUCCAACUCAGGAGACUAUGAAAUCCUCUACUGGGACAUUCCAACUGGCUGUAAGCUCAUCAGGAAUCGCUCCGAGUGUAAGGACAUUGACUGGGCAACCUACACGUGUGUGCUGGGCUUCCAUGUGUUCGGCGUGUGGCCUGAGGGAUCUGAUGGAACAGACAUUAAUGCCCUCAUAAGGUCUCACAACCGCAAGGUUAUCGCCCUCGCAGACGACUUCUGCAAAGUGCACCUCUUCCAGUACCCCUGCUCCCGGCCCAAGGCUCCCAGCCACAAGUACAGUGCCCACAGCAGUCAUGUGACCAACGUGAGCUUCCUGCACACGGACAGCCACCUGGUGUCCACCGGGGGGAAGGACACCAGCAUCAUGCAGUGGCGCCUGGUGGAGAAGACGUCCUCCCUGGUGCACAGCGACUCGGCCCUGGGCCUGAGCGACACGCUCCUGCACAGCUCCUCUUCCAGGGGGGUCACCUCGCUGCCCCUCACCCCGCUCACCCCCCAGACCCCCACCGAGCCACCGCUGUUGCCGUUGACGACCAACGCCAACGCGGUCGUCGCCACGCUACCGCCGCCGACCCCGCUGCGCCCCACGGCCAAUGGGAGGCAGGAGAGCUCGCCUGACUCUCCGCCACCGUCCAUUGACCCCACGCUGACGUCCGACAGCACGCUGAGCCCCAAGGACAGCCUGGAACCUAGCGAUGAUACAGCCACGCCUAGCGACGAAGGCAUGCCCUUCUCGCUGCCCUCAUAAAUUGGGACCCCCAACCCCCCCACCACCACAGGUCCCAGACUGCCCCCUGCACCUCAACCCAACACCACCCAAACCCACCCUUCUCCCCUCUCUACAGCUCCCGCAAGCACACACACACACACACACACACACACACACACACACACACACACACACACACACACACACACACACACACACACACACACACAUACACACAGAUACUGAUGUCACACACUCUGAUGUCACUACAGCUCUCCAGAGGAGAUGGAUACUGCAGGGUUUUACCUUUUCAGUUGUCUGUUUCUACCACUCUUUGAUAUUGACUUGGUAGUUUGUCUUCCGGUUUUAAUGAAAGACUUGUGAAGUUCUGGAACGAUUGAAGAUAAAAAGAGAGAUAGAGAGAGGGUACAUUGUUGUUUUCAGAUUUGAUGGACUUAAUGUUUCGAAAAAUUUUUUGUAUGUACGGUGUGCAUAGAGAGGGACAGGAAGAAGCAUGUGACACUAACCACGUCAUAAACACACACACACACAUACACACACACACACAGUCAGUCAUUAAAACAAUGAAUAUGCUCUUACCAAAAUAUAGCAGUUUACACACACAAAUACAUAAAUUAGCACAGGCAAUAUAAAAUAUGUCCUUCCAGACAAUAUUUGAUUUUAAUAUUUAGAAAUUUUAAUAUCUUUCUCUUUACCAUUGACAGUCACCAUCUCCACCAGACAUGAAUGAAUUGAAACAAUGCAUGUUUUUGAGCUAGGCUAACUGGAUUAAACCUAAUCUGACUGGGGAGUUUUCAUCCAUACCUCAAGGGGCCAGUCUUGUGAAUGUGUCCCAUUGCCACGCUAAUGUGAUGAUAAUACAACAGUUCAUAGCAUUCCUACUUUGAAUGAUCAUCACGUUACACUGGGUCACCUGUAGUAUUAUAGUCCAUGAACACCAUCCACAGUCCAGCCAAGCAAAAGUCACAGUGAUGUCAACACACACACACACACACACACACGAACGCACACACACACGCACACACACACGCACACACACGAGCACACACACACACAACACACACACACACACACACACACACACACACACACACACACACACAGAUGGCUUAUCUUCACACGGGUGUGAAGCUGGCUUGCCGGUCUGUCUUGCCGGUCUGUGGGGGGUCCUCAGGUCCACCCACAACCACCACCCUUGGACUUCUCUGUAAAAGGACUCGUGUUGGUCUGUGGAUACACCAGCUACUGAGCUUCCAGUUGGACUCUUGUCACCUUACCUCUUUUUUUCUUUUUCUUUUUGUUCUUGGUCUCCUUGCAAUUCUUACCCUUAUCUUUGUAAGGGUACACAAGCUUUCCUCAUUGUCAGCUGUUGUCUUCCUUUUACUUCUGUUUGUCCUGGUGGUUGGGGGUUCUCUGCUGUCUCUCCAUUUAGAAGAGGAGUGACUGUUUUUUUUUCUUCUUUUGUGGUUGUUUGAGUUUGUAGGUGUUUUGUGAUUAAAGUCUUAAAUGUA